AUGAAAACAACCAGAAUAGACAACCCUAAACUCAAACUAGGAUGCUGGAAUGUUAGGACUAUGCUUCCUGGCAUAUCCGAGGAUCUACAAACGAUAUCUGAUGUUCGCAAAACGGCAGUGAUCAACAAAGAACUCCUGCGCCUUCAGAUUGAUAUUGCUGCUUUGCAAGAAACCCGCCUUGCUGAUUCGGGCAUUCUAAAGGAAUCCGACUACACCUUCUUUUGGCAAGGAAAGAAUCCUGGGGAAUCCAUACAGCAUGGCGUGGGCUUUGCCGUACACAAUAGUUUACUAGACAAGGUACAACUGGGUUGCGUUGCCACUGAGCGAAUCAUGUCCCUUGUGGUCAACACCACCACAGGCUCGACAAACUUAGUGUGUGUUUAUGCACCUACCCUCUCAUCUCCAGAGGAAACCAAGGACUCGUUCUACAACUCACUGGAGCUUGUUCUUCGUAAGCUAAACGACAAUCAUAGCCUUAUACUCCUCGGCGACUUCAACGCUCGUGUUGGUGCUGAUUAUGAAGCCUGGCCCACCUGCCUUGGUCACUUUGGAGUUAAGAAGUGCAAUGACAACGGUCAAAGGGUCUUAGAGCUGUGCGCUUACCAUGAUCUAUGUAUUACAAACACCUUCUUCUCCACCAAGAAACACCACAGUGUGUCGUGGUGGCACCCCAGAUCAAAGCAUGGGCAUCAGCUAGAUCUGAUUCUGACUAGGCGCAAACACUUUUGCAACUUUACGCUGACUAGAUCAUACCACAGUGCGGACUGCGACACAGACCACUCUCUGGUCUGUUGUACAAUCAAGCUCCACCCAAAGAAAUUCUAUCGGACCAAGCAGACUGCCCACCCAAAAGUCGAUGUCACUAAGACCAAGGACUCUGGUAGAAUAAACACCUUUGCAUCCUCAUUCACCUCCCAGUUUAUUCAUACUGAAGGCUUGUCAUCCACCGAGAUGUGGACUAACCUCAAGGAAGCUACACAUAAUGCGGCAAUGUCUGCAUUUGGCCAGAAAAAAAGGCGACCAAAAGAAUGA